ACCUAUACCUCGACUGUCGACUGUUGUUGCUUUUCCGCCAGCCAGCCAGCCCGCCAGCCCGCCCGUCCGUCCAUUUGUCCGUCUCUGCGUGCCCGCGCGCGCGAAAUGACGACCUACGAGCUCGCGGACGCCGAGUUCGCGGUGUUGAAGCGCAAAGUCGUGCUUGUGACGGGGGGCGCGUCGGGGAUAGGAAAGGAGGCCGUGAGGCUGGCGCAUCAUCAUGGCGCCAGAGUCGCUUUUGGCGACGUCAAUGAGGCGGCGGGAAACGCGCUUGCGGCUGAGCUGAAGGACCGCGUCCUCUUCCGCAAAUGCGACGUAACGCAAUGGGACUCGGUGCUCGAGCUCUUCGAAACCACCGUAAACACAUUCGGCAAGAUCCACGCGGUGCUAUCCAACGCAGGCAUCAACAAGGAAGACUUCCUGGCGAAGGAAUUCGACGCCGUGACGGGGAAGCUGCUGCCGCCGGACCUGGGCCUGCUGGACGCUAACCUCGUCGGCAUGGUCUACGUCGUCAAGUGCGCCGUCUACUGCUUUGAGAAGUGGCCGCAGUCGCGCUGCCAGAUUGUGCUCACGGGCUCCGCGGCCAGCUAUUUGGAUACUCCGCCCCUGCAUCUGUAUUGUGCGAGCAAGGCCGGUGUCUUGGGGCUUAUGCGCAGUUUGCGCUCCCAGCUGGUCAAGCGCAACGUCACGGUCAAUGUGGUUGCGCCGUGGAUGACAGUAACGCCCCUGCUCCUGCAGUCCAUGCACGACAUCUGGGGCGAUCUCCCCGCGAACCAGCCCGAGGGCGUGGCGCGCGCGCUGCUGCUCCCCGUCGUGCGCCCCGACCUCAACGGGAAAACGUUUUUCGUCGCCGGGCACCGCAUCGUCGAGCUCGAGGACAAGCUGCACGAGACGCAGCCGCUGUGGAUGGGGCAGCAGCUGAGUGAGGACGUGGACGAGGGGCAGCGAAGGCUGUGUCCGUAGCCCGUGCGGAAAGGAUACAGGAAAGGAAAAAGAAAGGGAAAGGAAAGAUAGUGCCUGUUUGCGAUGCUGGGUGAGCGUGCUAGGUAGGUAGGUAGGUAGGUUCUUAAUGGUUGCGGAGGCGCUUAGGGCCCCAAGGGAGAAGGUGCCCAGGUAGGCGCGUAUAUAUAUAUAUAUAUAUAUAUAUACAUAUCCAGCGACGAGACUAAAGCAUUCCAUCCAUUCAAACACAUACACAACACUCUCAUCCACCCGCAACCUCACUCGCCCCGCAACCACCGCUCCCACGCCUCCCCCAACCCAUGCAACCCCGGCCCCAUCGCCGCAAGCCUAGCAAGCACCCCCCGCCUCCCCGUCUCUUUACCCCC